CAGUAUUACCGCUCUUGCGGAGGAAAAAGUCUUAUUGGAUUGAAGCCAAAUUUUGAUUUCAACGCCAUCCACUUUUCUCGGAGACAGCCUAAAAUAAAAGAAAACAACAAGCCCGGCCGGACGAAAAAGAAACUAGCCACCCAAAAGGCAGUCACGGGCGAGCCCGCUUACAUCUCACGAAGCUCCUCCCCUCGGCGCUAUUUCCCGCGCGGAGCUGUGACCGUUCUGUCCAAUCAAGAGUUAAGCAGCCAUCAAGAGUUGCCUCUUCGAAACAGAGCGCGGGAUUGCUUUCCCCUGUCGGUUACUGGCGUGGCCUACUUUUUCACGGUUUUGCCUGUUUCUUGUCCAAGGCUUUCCCCCGCUAAACCGAGAGUAAUCAGAAAACACGGAGGCGCCCGCAUAAACAUUCUCGUCCGAUAAAAAUAACGCGUAUUCCGCCACUAUUUCCUAGCCUUAGGGAGGAGACAGAAGCGCAUGCGCUUGUUUUGGCGGGCCAGGGUGUGCUAUUAGAGGGGCGAAGGGAAAGGAGUAGCCAAGAAAUGGCUACUGGAUUCGGGUCGUUGCUGCGCGAGUGCCCGCUCCUCCUGCCCCAGAACCGGGAAAAGAAUGUCUACGAGGGCUUUGUCACCGCCCAGGUGACUCUGGGUGACAUCUCUGGAUUACAUCUUUGUUUCACAAAUUUAGACAAUAGCAAUCUUUAUUGGAAAACUUGGUGAAGCCUUUAAGAUUAACUUAAGGCUGAAUUUGUAUGAGAACCAUAUCUGGGAGAGAUUUUCACAUAAGAAUAUUGUUACCAAUGGAUCGUCAGUUGAAAAAUGCUAGGAUUCAGUGUAGUUGGCAUCUGAAAAAAUUGCUUCAUGGAUAUCAUCUGAUUUUAAAGCAGAGGUUGGCACAUUCUUCAGAUUUAGUCAGUUUCAUGGUAGAGUUGAAGACUAUUUUGGAACUUGCUUUGAAAAACACAGAAGAAUUGUGUGCCCAACCACCUCCACAAUAUUAUUCUGGCCUCAUCAGAGAUAUAGAAAAUUUGGGAUGGAAUAAAGUUGUGUUUAUAGAUCCUGCUUUUAGUACCAUCAGGUUAAAAGCUGAAGACUCUUCUGGUCGGGAUCAUCAAAUCACCUUGAAAUUAAAUUCAAAAUAUCCCAGAGAGCAACCAGUUUGUCUUAUUGAAUUACCAGUUCAGUUUUCUUUUUCCUGGACUCCACAGAGUUCCUUACUGAGCAUUCACAGUCAGUUCUUGGCAGCAUUAGAAUCACUGAAGGAGUUUUGGGAUGUUUUAGAUGAAAUUGAUGAGAAGACCUGGGUCCUUGAACCAGAGAAACCCACAAGGAGCUCCACUAGGCGAAGGAUUGCAAUUGGAAGCAACAUUUCACUUAAUAUAGAGGUAGAUCCCAGACACCCCACCAUGUUUCCUGAGUGUUAUUUUCUUGGAGCUGACCAUGUGGUAAAUCCGUUGAAAAUCAAGCUGAAUAGCAAUAUACAUAUGUGGAACCCGGAAAAUAGUUUGUUAAAAAAUUUAAAAGAGAUUUUGGAAAUUGAUUUCCCAUCUCGAGAAGCUCUAGAAAAAACUGACUUCUCUAUGGAUUGUGGUAUUUGCUAUGCUUAUCGCCUAGAUGGGGCUAUUCCAGACCAAGUUUGUGAUGACUCUCAUUGUAGCCAAUCUUUUCAUCAAGUUUGUUUAUAUGAGUGGUUACGUGGGCUCCCUUCAAGUCGACAAAGUUUCAAUGUCAUAUUUGGUGAAUGCCCAUAUUGUAAUAAGCAAAUCACACUGAAAAUAUCUGCUCAGAAAAUCUGAAUACAAGUGGAUAAUUGCAUUUCCUUCUUCUACCGGAGAAGAUAUCAAAGGUAAUAGAGAGAGAGCAUUAUUAAGAAGAAGAGGACAACAAUGGCCACAAUAUACUGAAACAUUUUUCCAUGCAGUCCAAUCUGAGAGAGGCAGCGUGUGGAAGAGCUGGUCAGAGUUUGCACACAUUCUGUUUGAUGGAUUGCUGAAUAUCUGAAUUCAUUUUCUCUACAAUUUUCUUGAAGAUUCUGGAAAGUAUUGCAUGAAUAUGUCCAGGGCAAUGAUUUUAUAUUGUCCUGAAAAAGAAGGCAAAAACAUUGCUAAUGGAAAUUUGAUUAAAUGUUCAGUACUCUGCUGUGAGAAAGGUUGUUUAAAUAUUUUCCCCUUUGUUCUUAACUUAUAUUAACAAAGCUAAAUAAGAAUAGUAACUACAUCGUUGAUUUUCUUUUUUAAAAACAAUAAAGUGGAACGAUCAAAAA